UUGUGCAGUCUAACGGUUUAAUGAGGUAAAAAUGUAAUGAAUCCAUUAUUAUAUGACUCGUUGGUUGCAGAACCUUUGUGACGACAUGAACACGUGCUGAUAGUCUUAAAGCGUUUGUUAUUAUAUUUCAAAAACUCAAGUUGUGGUUGUGAGUCACACACACACACACACACGCGCAGGGAGAGAGAGGGAGGGAGAGAGAGGGAGAGGGAGAGCUACGAUCGCUCCUCUCCUCCAGACUGAGUCUGUGUGGUCCGUGUGGAGCUGUUACAGUGGGAUGUCCUCGCUCUCUUUCUACACUGUUGCUAAGGAAAUGGAUGGUCUGAAUGGAUCCGCGGUCCGGGCUAAAUUCUGCGCCUCGACCCGUCACGAGCCUCCCGCUGCCGCUGUUAGUGCCGCUGCUCCCUUUCACUGUGUCACCGUGUGUGUUUACAGGAAUCACUGCGAACAGCGUGACGCGUCAGCGCCAGCUCUGCACCAGCCGGGUCCAGUGCAGCUGCAGCUGAAAAAGUGAGGAGGCUGGGGAUAUUGACUGGCAGCUGUUACGCCACCGAGGGAGGAGAAGAGGGGGGUAAGCGGCGGCUGGACAGUGGGGUGGACGAGCCUGGCUGGAGCUGGGUGAAUGCUGCCAAGCGAGGACAAGGGCUGAGGCGGCAGCAGCGGCGUCAGCAGCAGCAGCAGCAGCAGCAGCAGCGUAGACUCUCAGAAGGAGCAUGGCAUCCACUGGGAUGCAGAUAUUUGGAUUUGUUCUCGCACUGAUGGGCAUCAUGGGAGCGAUGGUGGCCACGGUGCUGCCCAACUGGAAGGUCAGUGCAGAUGUGGGCUCCAACAUCAUCACAGCAAUCUCCCAGAUGCAGGGACUGUGGAUGGACUGCACAUGGUACAGCACCGGCAUGUUCAGCUGCACACUCAAGUACUCGGUGCUUUCACUACCUGCGUACCUGCAGACUGCGCGCACCACCAUGGUGCUGUGCUGCGUGCUGGCAGCCAUGGGCCUCUGCCUCGCAUCCCUGGGACUAAAAUGCACACGCUGGGGAGGCGGACGGCGCUCCAAGCGGCACGCCGCGAUUGCCAGUGGUGGCUGCUUCGUCUCUGCGGGGUUCCUGUGUCUCGUUCCUGCUUCCUGGUUUACCAACGAGGUCAUCACCAACUUCCUGGACUCUAGUGUGCCCGAGAGCAAUAAGUUUGAGCCCGGGGGUGCCGUGUACGUUGCUUUUGUCUCAGCGGGAUUUCUCUUUGUCGGAGGGUCCAUCUUCUGCAUGUCCUGCUCGGGGAAGCGACACGGCCCCCAAGACCUGGUCUUGCUCCCUCCCCCUGACAAACUGCUGCUCCAGCAGCAGCAGCAACAGCUGCUUCAGCAGCAGCAGGAUCUCCAGCAUCAGUACUGCUCUCUCUCCCCACUAGACAAUAAGACUGGCUACAGCCUGCAGGACUAUGUGUAAUAAAGCAGCGAUGUGUACGCCACGGCUACAGGGAGACGAGCCUGAGGGGGAAACCAUCACAGUUUAUGCUGCACACUGGGCUCUUCGCUAGAUGGAGGUGGAGAAAAAAAUGAGGGAGGAGGGCAACAACUUUGAAUUCACCCCCCCCCCAUCUGGCUCUUCUCCAUUUUUCUUCUGUUUUGCAAGCACAAGCGGUGGAGGUAUUCCCUAAGCAGCAGCUUGGAACAAAGUGUGAAUGUGUAAGGAGCCGGGAUAAGAUGCUGCGGAAUCGAAGGAAGCUGCUAACCGAAUGCAGACAUCCUCCAUCAGUAAAUCACAGAAAGAGCUCCCUCGGGAACGGAUUAAGCAAAUAAGGAAGGCUUCAGAGUUGAUUUUUUUUUUUUUCCUCGCCAAAGGUUUGAAUUGAAAGAAAGAAGCAAUCAUUUAGCUGCUAUUUACAAUCGUUUGGUACACUCUCGUUUGAUGAAGAAGGCAAUAUAACGCCUGAGAGCAGUAGGUGGAAGCCUCUCUCAUCGCAAGCCAUUAGUUUUUUCGUGUACUUAUAGAAACGCUACAUGGAAAUGACUAGAAUAAAUUGUCAUAUUUUUGUUAGCUACUAGAGUAAUGUUGAUAUUUUUGCCUCUAAAGCAUGCUGUGUGGAGCCUGUCUGUGUAAUAAUACAGAGGAAUGCCAGGUAAGACGACUGAGACAUAGCCACACAAUGCCUGUGCCUGAAAAGCUGUAGAAACAUUACCCUGCUGUAACUGUUUAAAGAGGACUGUCAGGAGGAAUAAGUGUGGGCUGCUGGGCUGGGACUGGCACUGAGAACGCAGAUGGAGAGAGAGAUGCCUGCUUCUCUCUCUGCAGGUGGAAAUAUGAGAGAGAGAGAGAUGGAGAGAAGAUUGAUAGAAAGAGUCAGUCCUCCCGCGGCAGGGACCAUCUGAUAUGCUGCUUUCAUAUUUCCAUGCAGACAUAAAUACUCUGCCUUUAAGUAGCAGCUACCCAUCCCAAUCCACUCCUGCACGCCCUCAGUCACGCUCACCAAACACACACACA